AACAACUAAUUAAACACACACAAUUAUCUUCACUCUGAAUUGAGCUAAGUUCUCUCACAUCAUACUCUCUCCUUGGAGAAUUAUGGCUAUUUCAAAAGCUCUUAUUGCUUCUCUUCUCAUAUCUCUUCUUGUUCUUCAACUCGUCCAGGCCGAUGUCUUUGAAAACUCACAGAAGGAAAAAGGUUACGCAAAGAAGAUCGAUUGUGGGAGUGCUUGUGUAGCACGGUGCAGGCUUUCGAGGAGGCCGAGGCUGUGUCACAGAGCGUGCGGGACUUGCUGCUACAGGUGCAACUGUGUGCCUCCGGGCACGUACGGUAACUACGACAAUUGCCAGUGCUACGCUACCCUCACCACCCACGGUGGACGCCGCAAGUGCCCAUAAGAAACAAAGCUCUUAAUUGCUGCGGAUAAUGCGACGAUGUCGUUUUGUUAGUAUUUGUUUGGCGUAUUUAUGUGGAUCGAAUAAUAAACGAGAACCUACGUU